AUGCCUGUGGGGGUGACCUGUCCCCAGCUGUCCCCCUGGGGCUGCCCCCGGGGACACACACGGUGGAAGCCGCUGGGGCGGGGCGUCCGUUUGGAUUCUCCCCCGCCAAUCAGCGACGGAAGGAAAUCGCGGUUCCUUCAAGCUGUUGUUUACCAGCUCAGAGUCCCACACGGCGCCUGCACAUCCUCCUCCGGGGCUCCGGUGGUUCACAGCACGGAGGUGUUCGGUAGCGACCGGCCGCCCGACGCCGGUUCCGUCCCCCGCAGCUCGCUGCUCCACCCCGGCCUCCUCCCCGCACACUACCGCUCUCGCUCGGCUCGGUUCCGGUCCAGUGGCGUCACGAACUUGUUGUUAAAGCUGUCCGACAUGCCCAUGGUGCUGCGCUCCCGGAGGUCCGUCCGGCCCGGCGGCGGAGCGGAGGAGCCCGGGGCGGAGGAGCCCGAGGUACCGGCGGACACCACACCGGCCGCAUCACGGAGGAGGUCCACCCGCCUGCCCCGGAAAACUACGUACGAGGAGUCCGAUGACUCAGAGCCCGAGUCUGUCCUCAGCCAAGCGAUGGACAGAGACCUCCGUCCCCCGGCCGAGGAGGAGGAAGAUGUCCCAGAGGGUCUCAAAGGUUGCAGUGUUGUGCUGAACCGUCUUCAGGAGGACGAAAAGGCUGAUAAGAACGAUUUUGAGGAGAAAGAAGACAUGAAGAACAAAGAUGGAAAACCUGUCUCUCGAAUUCCUACCUACCAUAAACGACCUCCUGGGGCCUCGGAGCUGCCUGUUCUUAAAAAGGACACCACUGUCCAUGCAGCUCAGCCUCAUGAGAAAGCUGGAAGUGAAAGGACAGAGGCUUCAAAGGCCAAACCCCUGGAUGAAAGAGAAACGUCACUCCCCCUGCCAUCAUUCCGAGUCCCCAAAUUUGGCCUUGAAGGCCACUCUCCAUACCUCAGUGCUGCACAAGUUGCUGCGACAGCUCACAAAUCCGCAAUUACUACACCCAAGAGCUGGAGUUUGCCUGGGUCCAUUCAGAGCCCUCUCUCGAUUGCAAGCCCCAGGCCUGCCAUCAGACCAGAGCAAGGGUCAGAGCAGCAUUUACCAGAGGACAAGAGCAAAACCUCAGUAGUAGAAUUUCACAUCCCACCAGAUGUCCCUGUAAGUCGGCUUUUACACCAGGGCUCCCUCUGCCCAAAGUCCAAAGAUGACCCAGCAAAGGAAUGUGAUGUUGAGGUUAAAGAGGGGAUUACAGUCACUGCCUCUGAAGACACCACAACAUCUGAGAUUGCUCUCACAGCUGAGGUCGGCCAAGCGGAUUAUAUAAUGGAUGAAGAGCCUCCCUGGGAAAAGGAGCCCAAGAACACACCUGAGUCCAAGGCCAGUGGAUCCUCAUCAGAUACCAAAAAAGAGGAGGAUUUGAAACAUAAAAAGUCUAAGCUCGACAGUUUAGAGCAAGCGAAGGAACAUCCUGAACCACAGGUAGUUCAGUCUGAGAAUUCAAAACUUGAAAAUAAAAUGGCCGAGAAGGAUGGAUCCACCUCUCCUGUAGCAGCAGAGACGCUUAAAGCUAAAGACUCAUCAACCAAGUCAACAAAGAGCUCUAGAGGGUUCCGUUACCUCAUCAUCUUCCUGCCCCCCCUCCUGCUGCUCCUGGGAGGGUUCGGUCCACACAUUUGGCACCACGGGAUUCCCACGUCUAUGGCCCAUCUUACGGAUCAGGUGAACCUGCACUGGUCCGAGGGCCUUGGAUUGUUCCCCAAGCCGUGCAGCACUGAUUGUCGAGUGCAUCUGGUGGAGAGCGUCCCUGAUGGUCUGUACCUGCCGUCCCCCACGUCCAGACGGAGCAUCGCAGACAGCUGGAUGCACCUGCUGCACAGGUCCAGCAGCUCGGUCCACAUCGCUGCUUCCUACAUCACACUGCUCGGCAACGACUCAGAGUUCGCCGGCUCUUCUGACUCUCAGGGACGGAGGGUGUUUGAGCACUUGAAACAUCUUCAAUCUAAAGGUGUAAAACUCAAGAUUGCUGUCAACGGCCCCCAGGCAUCAACCCGAGACACAUCAGAGCUGACUGCAGCAGGUGCAGAAGUCAGGGAAGUGGACCUCAAAGCUGUAACUGGAGGCAUCGUCCACACCAAGCUGUGGGUCGUGGAUCAGAAGCACUUCUACCUGGGCAGUGCCAACAUGGACUGGCGCUCUCUCAGUGAGGUGAAGGAGGUGGGUCUGUUAGUGGAGGACUGCAGCUGCCUGGCCCAGGAUGCGCUCCGAAUCUUUGGCGUGUACUGGAGCAUUGGUGCUGGGCAGAGUGGAUCCCUGCCCCGGUACUGGCCGAAGCACCUGUCGGCCCUGUCCAGCUCCCAGAAUCCUCUGCAUCUGAAGUUCAAUGGAGUACCUGCUGAAGUCUACCUGUCAAGUGGCCCUCCACAAAUCUCAGCCACUGGCCGCUCUGACGACCUCGCCACCAUCUUGUCUGUCAUCGGUGACGCCCAGAAGUUUGUUUACAUCUCCGUCAUGGACUACCUUCCUCUGUCUCAGUUCACAGAGCCAAUCAGGUACUGGCCCGCCAUCGACAUCGCCCUGCGUGCUGCAGCCUGCACCAGAGGGGUCCAGGUCAGACUGAUGGUCAGCUGCUGGGAACACUCGCCCGCCUCCAUGUUCACCUUCCUGCAGUCCCUGCUGGUGCUCAACAAACCACCACUGAAAUGUGCCAUUGACAUAAAAAUCUUCACAGUGCCUUCAACAGCAGAGCAGAAGACGAUCCCCUUCGCUCGAGUCAAUCACGCCAAGUUCAUGGUCACAGACCGAGUCGUCUAUAUAGGGACGUCCAACUGGUCAGAGAACUACUUCACUCAAACUGCUGGUGUGGGUCUGGUUGUGAACCAGACGGGCUCAGUGGUUGGGAAGGCACAGCAGACGCUGCAGAGCCAAGCAGAAGAGCUCUACCUCAGAGACUGGAGUUCUCCGUACGCCAGCACGCUCUCUGUUGACAGCGUGGACGUCUGCCCUCAUGGCGGACACUGACGGUUUGCUGUUCAAUAAGUAUAUUGCAUUCUAGAUGAGCGUCUCGCUUGCUCCUGUCGGUCACUUGAACUUUAUUUUACUUGUGCAGAGAUCAGCUGGCUGUACUGUGUGAACAAACACGGUUCAUUUUAUUGCCGUUUCCUGACUUGCUUGCCUUUUUCUGUAUAUAUUUGCAAUUUUAUAUUUAGUUUCAGAACAUGUUAUUUUUUUAUUCUCUGUAAGCUUGACAAUUUUUUUAUCUGAGCUGUGGCACAGGGGAACUGGCCCUGUACAAUUUAUUUCUAUGCCUGGAGCAUUUUGUGUGUUUUCCUUUUAAAAUGUUGGUGCCCAGCUUUAACGCUCUCAUGCAGGGAAUUAAGCAUAUCCAGAGGUGAAUACAACAUGGCCCUGUUUAAUCUGCUGAAGCCAUUUGUUCCAUAACGUUAGUCCAACAGUAUAAGCAUAUUGUAAAAAGUGGCAAUCUUUUAUUUCAGACUAAUAGCUGGCUCACAAACAAAUUCUAAUUUGAACGUUAACCCCUGCAGACAGAAAAGGACUUGUACUUUGUUUGUUAUUGAAGUGAUGUGGAUUUGAAAGAAUCAUUAAUUUAGCUGGAAUCUGUUUUAUUGUAUUGAUAAUUGCUGUGCUGCUUCUUUUGUUCACGUCAUUGCAAUUAAACAGAGGGACAUUUCAUCGGUCCCUGACAAACACAAGUUUGCUUGAAGUUUAUCAUUAGAAAUCCAACCUGCUCCUCAGCAAGUGAUCUUUGAAAGCUUAUUGAUGCACUAUGAAAUGAAUGGGACUCUUGAUGAAGUCCAACAUUCUCCUUGACAAACCACAUUCUAAAAGAUCCGUAAGUUAUUCUCAAAGAAAUCAAGGAAAAUGUUGAAGAAAGAGAAAAAUAAUUCCUGGCUCUGUACCUGAAUUGAAUCAGUUUGUUUCUGACCCGUAGCACAGCCUUUCAUACCACAUCUUUUCGCCAAGUUUUUGUGUAAUUCGGUUUAAAAACAAAGAAACAACAAAGGGACGGUAGUGAAAACAUGACAUCCUCUGCAAAGGUUAUAAAAUCUGCCCAACUGGAGAUCUUUGACAGCUUCAUGAUGGAAGACAAAAUGAAAGAGAUUUAUUGAAUGGACAGUCAUGAUUUGUAUAAGGGAUUGCUUGAACAAAAUUGUAUUAACCUCUCCUGGUAUCUAGCUGUUACAUUUUUUUUUCAUUGUGAACCUCAGAUACUGGUCUGACUCCACUUAAAGACAGUGGUGAAUGAUAUGCUAUUUUUAUUUUGAAAUGCUGUAUGCAGAUAAGGCUCCCAAUGACAAAGCUAGCAUGCUACGUAUGUUUAGCAAACAUAAUGCUCGUUUAAUCUGUUAGCAUGCUAACAUUUGGUAGCUGGCAAUUUGAAAAACUGAUUGUUUUCCA